CUCAUACCAAACAAAACCUAACAAACCUACUCCAGCUCGCACUCGAGAGCCCGCAAGAGUAAGUGAAUUAGGAAAGGAAAUACCAGUGCAAUCCGACUUCUUAUCCAAAACCUCUCUAAACCCUAAUUUGCUCAGCCUCCGCCACCGUCGAUUCCCUCAAUAAAGGAUCAAAUGGCUUCUACUUUCACAGCUAUGUCAUCAGCUGGUUCAUUGGUUGCUCCCAGUUUGGAUAAGAAGCUGGCAUCUUCUACAAACCGGUUGUCAUCUCUUGCUUCCAUUUCUUCCACCUCAUUUGGGAGGAAACAGAAUGUAGUUUUGCGGAGAUCACGUGCUCCCAAGAUAUGUGCCAUGGCAAAGGAAUUACAUUUUAACAAGGAUGGCUCUGCUAUUAAGAAACUGCAAACUGGUGUAAACAAGCUUGCUGAUCUAGUUGGAGUUACUCUUGGUCCAAAAGGCAGGAAUGUUGUUCUUGAGAGCAAGUAUGGCUCCCCGAAAAUUGUUAAUGAUGGUGUGACUGUGGCCAAGGAGGUUGAGUUGGAAGACCCUGUUGAGAAUAUUGGUGCUAAGUUGGUGAGACAAGCAGCUGCCAAGACCAAUGACUUGGCUGGUGAUGGGACAACGACAUCUGUUGUUCUCGCACAAGGCCUCAUCGCUGAAGGUGUCAAGGUGGUGGCUGCUGGAGCUAAUCCUGUUUUAAUCACUAGGGGAAUUGAGAAGACUACCAAGUCUCUUGUGUCUGAGCUCAAGAAGAUUUCAAAAGAGGUUGAAGAUAGUGAGCUUGCAGAUGUUGCAGCUGUUAGUGCAGGAAACAACUACGAAGUAGGAAAUAUGAUAGCUGAAGCCUUGAGUAAAGUAGGUCGGAAGGGUGUUGUUACUCUAGAGGAGGGAAAAAGUGCUGAGAACAGUCUCUAUGUUGUCGAAGGGAUGCAAUUUGAUCGUGGUUAUAUCUCACCGUACUUUGUCACCGAUAGUGAGAAAAUGGCGGUCGAAUUUGAUAACUGCAAGUUGCUUCUUGUUGAUAAGAAAAUAACCAAUGCAAGAGAUCUUAUUAAUAUUUUGGAAGAUGCAAUUAGAGGCUCAUACCCCGUUGUCAUAGUUGCAGAAGACAUUGAACAAGAGGCUUUAGCAACUCUUGUGGUGAAUAAACUUAGAGGGGCUUUAAAGAUUGCUGCUUUUAAAGCGCCUGGCUUUGGAGAGCGCAAGAGCCAAUACCUUGAUGACAUUGCUAUUCUGACUGGAGGAACUGUCAUCAGAGAGGAGGUUGGGCUUGCCUUGGAUAAAGUUGGGAAGGAGGUCCUGGGAAAUGCUUCUAAAGUGGUGCUUACUAAGGAUACAACAACAAUUGUGGGUGAUGGAACCACCCAGGAAGCAGUUGAAAAGCGUGUUGCUCAAAUUAGAAACCUUAUUGAGGCUGCAGAGCAAGACUAUGAAAAGGAAAAACUUAAUGAGAGAAUCGCAAAACUUUCAGGAGGUGUUGCUGUGAUACAGGUUGGCGCACAAACUGAGACAGAGCUUAAGGAAAAGAAACUGAGAGUUGAAGAUGCACUCAAUGCAACAAAGGCAGCUGUGGAGGAAGGUAUUGUAGUUGGUGGUGGGUGUACCCUACUACGACUUGCAUCAAAGGUGGAUGCCAUCAAGGACAGCCUUGAUAAUGACGAAGAAAAAGUUGGAGCAGAUAUUGUUAAGAGAGCUUUGAGCUACCCUCUAAAGUUAAUUGCCAAGAAUGCUGGUGUUAAUGGUAGCGUGGUCAGUGAAAAAGUGCUCUCCAGUGACAACCCUAAGUAUGGAUAUAAUGCUGCAACUGGGAAAUAUGAGGAUCUGAUGGCUGCUGGAAUUAUCGAUCCAACAAAGGUGGUCAGAUGUUGCCUCGAGCAUGCAGCCUCAGUAGCCAAAACUUUCUUAAUGUCUGACUGCGUGGUUGUUGAAAUAAAAGAGCCUGAAGCAGCAGUGCCUGCCGGCAAUCCCAUGGAUAAUUCAGGAUAUGGAUACUAAAAAUAGUGGGGAGCAAAAUGGAGAAGGGAGCAAGGUCCAUCCUCCACGUUAGCAACAAUUGCGUAGUUGGAUAAAGGCUAAUAGUAAAUUUGAUUAUCAUUAUUGGUAGGACUUAUAAAUUCUGGUGAGCGCAGCUUGCCGGAUAUUUACGGCAUGUAAUGCAUUUGGUUCGAGGUUGCAAAAUGUUCUUGGACUUGCUGUUUUUUUGAGUGAGAGAUUUAGUUCUUUUCUCAUC